AUGAUACAGGCACUUUUUGUUGUGGUUAUUCUGAGAUUGGCAAUGAAUUAUAUAAUACAUAAAUUAAACAGGGUUAAGUUGCCAGAUAAUUUACGGUACUUAAUGAUUAUUGCUCACCCAGAUGACGAGAGUAUGUUUUUUGGCCCAUUCCUGACAGAUGUACUUCGGAAAAAAGGAGACAUUUCAAUAGUUGUAUGUACUGGUGGUGAGAAAGGAGGAAAGAAAAAGGUAAGAAAGCAAGAAAUGGAGUAUUUAUGUGUAUCACAUGGGAUGUCCUUGUUUUUAUUAGACUAUCCUGAUGGAAGGCUGGGAGAAACAGAGAAGCUUAUGAAUAAUCUUGAAAUAAUUUAUAAAAGCACAAACAGUACAUCUAUUGUUACAUUCGAUUCAUCUGGAGUGAGCAGUCAUGCGGACCAUAUUGCGUGUAACAAAAUAGGUGUUCUUCUAGCAAAAAAAGUAAAAACAAAGCAUUUAUAUGCACUUGAAUCACUAGGAAUACUUGAAAAGUACUUUUUACCCGUUUUUACGCUGUUUAACCUGAUUUUUAUGAGAAAAUCUGGUAUUUUAGUGAGUAGUUCAUUAUACGAACGCAUUAAAAAUAGAAGAAGAAUGCUUUGUCACAAGAGUCAACUGCUAUGGUAUAGAUAUUUCUACAUUACAUUCUCUUCAUAUAUGGAUUUUACUGUUUUAAAAAACCUAACAGAAUAA